ACUUUAAGAGAAGCAGCAACUGAAGAAACAUGUUUGCCAAAGGAAGCUGGUCGUUAUACUUUAUUCGGAGAUUUCUUUGUCUCUUGCUUUUUAUUAACCCCUCUAAUGCCUAUUCACUGAAGAACUGCACCAUACUUUAUCAGAAACAUCCAUUUGCUGAUGUUUCCUUGGAUUGUGCAGAUAGAAAACUUGUGGCUAUUCCUGAUGACAUCCCUAAAGAUGCUGUUUCAGUAAAUCUGCACAAAAAUUUGCUUCAGAGAAUUAACAAAGAAGAUUUAAGUGAGAUGCCAAAUCUGAAAGAUUUGACUCUUACGCACAAUGAAAUUUCUCAUGUGGAUGAUGGAUCUUUCAGUGACUUGACUUUAUUAAAAAUUCUCUCCAUCGGGUAUAACAAACUUACUAACCUGACAAACAAGGUGUUUCAAGGCCUGUCCAACCUCACUAUGCUUGACCUGAGAGAAAACAAGAUUCGGUUCAUUCAUAAAUCCGCUUUUAGGUUCCUGUUCAACUUAGAACAUCUAGAUUUAAGUGGAAAUGAGCUGCAAAAAAUCACUGACAUCAUUCCCAUCCUACAGCUACAGCAAAUAAGGAAGCUCAGUGUUCAUUGCAGUCUAUUUUCUUUCUUUGAGACCACAGUCCAACCACCGAAGAUGUCUUCAAGCCUGACUGAGUUGGUUGUUUCUGAUUGUAACCUGGAAAAGUUCAGCAUACUGACAGAUAUCUUUCCUUACCUACAGAAGUUAGUUAUCUUGCCUUCUGGAGGUCAUACUGAUAUAAAGUAUGAUAUACCUGACAAAACUUUAGUCCAUAACAUAACACAACUUUAUCUUACAGACAGUACACUUUCCUUCGAAGGCAUCCAAGAACUCCUCACAAGUCUUUGCUCACUGCGUCAUCUGCAGCUGCGACUCUUGAAAGAAUGGAUUGAUAAAGCUCUGUUCUCAACAAUUUGCAAAAUACCAACACUUAGGAGGCUGGAUCUGUUGGAAAACUGCCUUGAUAAUUUUCCCACUGAGCUUUCAGCAUGCUCUCAGCUCACAAAGCUGGACCUGUCCAAAAACAAGUUAACUCAACUGGUAAGAGGGUCAAUACAACCAAUGAAGCAACUGCAGUCCCUAAACGUGAGUCAGAACUUACUCUCCAGAGUUCCAGAGGAUGUCCGGAGCCUCUCCUACCUAAAUAUCUUAGACUUGAGUGCUAAUUGUAUCUUUAACCUGACCUGUGAAGAUUUUAUGAACACAACACAUCUUACUGAGCUGUACCUGAGCACAAAUCACAUUAUCACACUUAAUGAAUGUGUUGUUCAAAAUCUCACUGAUUUGAGACGCUUGGAUCUGAGUAACAAUCUGCUGCUGACAUUUGGAGACACCUUCAAAAUUGCUUUAGAAAACCUAGAGGUCUUGGAUAUGACAGACACGUCGAUAAAUGCUCUUAGAAUGCGUGAUUUUCAAAGCUUACGGUCACUUAAGCAGUUAGAAAUUGGUGUCUAUGUCUCUACGGGAAAACCUAAAACAUUUCAUAAAAUGAAUAACCUUGAAGGUCUCCUUGAUGAAGAACCUGGAUUACAGCUAUUAGAAAAUUUGACUGUCAAAUUCACCAUUAAAAAAUCUUUGAAAACUCCUAAUUUAAAGGUUUAUAAAUAUCCAAAUAUUCCCUUCAAGUCAAUGAAAAAACUGACAGCUAGCUGUGUCGGGGAUUGCACUGGCUUUCCCAUUAACGUGCCAACAGAUAUGCUCCGAGGCAUGGAACAUUUGGAGACUUUUGCAGCUGUAAAUAUUUGCGCCUUCCCUCCAGAUGUAAACAUGUUUGAGUUCAACACGCAACUCAAGAGCCUAUUGUUUCAAGAAACUGAUUUGUCAAAUUUAAAUCCUGAAGUAUUUCGACCAAUCCAAAAGUUACAGACUCUGGAUCUUUCUAAGUCUAAGCUGAGGUCAUGGGACUUUCUGCUCAGGGCCAAUCUUUUUGCACUCAGAUAUCUAAAUUUGAGCCACAACGACCUUGCUGUGAUUAAUGAAGCUGUCCUUCCCUCUCUUCCCUCUCUAACAUACUUGGAUCUGAGCAAUAACUCGUUCACCUGUGAAUGCUCAAAUGCAGGUUUUAUCCGAUGGGCCAAAAACAACAAGCAAACACAAGUGGUAAACGCUCAUCAGUACAAAUGUUCCUUUCCUGUCGAGAAGCAAGGAAGUUUUCUACUAGACUUUAACAUCCAGUCCUGCUGGGACAAGGACAACUUUUUCUACUUCAUGUCCAGCACUUGUCUGGUUAUUCUAACUCUCCUUACAUCCUUCAUCUACCACUUCCUGGGGUGGCAGCUAGUCUACACCUUCCACCUCUUCUUGGCCUAUUUUUAUGACAGCAAGAAGAGGAUAAAGGGAGUCCCUCAUCAGUUUGAUGCCUUUGUAUCCUACAAUGUCCACGAUGAGGAAUGGGUUUACAGAGAGAUGCUUCCUGUGUUGGAGGGAGAGCAGGGCUGGAGACUCUGUCUGCACCACAGAGACUUUCAACCAGGUAAACCCGUCAUAGAGAACAUCACUGACGCAAUCUAUGGCAGCAGGAAGACCAUCUGUGUGAUCAGCCGCCAUUACCUCGAGAGUGAAUGGUGCUCCAGAGAGAUCCAGAUGGCCAGCUUUCGUCUGUUUGACGAGCAGAAGGAUGUGCUGAUCCUGCUGUUUCUUGAGGAGAUACCUGCCCGUCAUCUGUCUCCGUAUUACCGCAUGAGGAAGCUGGUGAAGAAACGCACCUACCUGAGCUGGCCUCAGGCUGUACAACACCCAGGAGUCUUCUGGCAGAACGUCCAGAGAGCUCUGCAGACAGGGGAUGAGCUCACUGAGAACACGGACCUGCUGACUGGACCAGGAGGAUGCUGA